GUCGCAACCGCCCACCUUUUUCACCAUUCCGUAGGCUCAUAGGCUGCGCUUAUUUGUUUCAACUGGCCCUGUGGGAACUUAUUUUCAUUCCUAUGCCUCGCUUUCUUAAAGUGAUCUACACGCCUCUCACCACCAACAAAAAGACGUCCCGCAUUCAUGUCAAGAAAACCAGACCGCGGUGCCAAAGCAGUACCCAAGGUGCUAGACGGUGAAGCACGGAAGCGUCAGCUCAGACACCACCUCGACUCUCUCGAGCGCGACAACUAUGUAGCUCUAAACGAAUACGAGGCUAUAAUCGCCACUGCCGCCGCUGCCGCCACUGCACAGGGCCCCAUUUCUUUGACUCACACCAAUCUAGAUCCCCUGGGUCUUCUACCACCACUCAGUCCAGCAGUAGGAUCUAUUGUCGGUGGUAUUGUCGGGACAGUUGGACCAGGCGCAGUCGCAUUGAGUCCUAAAACCUCGGGACCGCUCUCAGGAAGUCGAUCCAAAAAGAACCAAUCCAGCAGUCAUGCAUCAGGAAACAAUGCUCCACAUAUGAAUGGCAAUAUGAACAGCGGGACGCCGGCGUCAAUGCUCGGUCAUAGAAAACCUGUGCUGCCUCGGAAGCCGCUGAAUCAGCUGCUAGAAGAAUCAGGACUAUUUAAUAGCCAGAGUCCGGUACCGACGUAUGUCACUGCGGCCAUGGGAACUAGUCGGUACCCGUCCCGACAGUUUUGUUCAGUGUGCGGAUGGAAGGGUAUUUAUCGAUGCAGCCGUUGCGGAAUGCGGUACUGCGAUCUCAAGUGUUUGAAAACUCACGAAGACACCAGGUGCAUGAAGUUCACUAUUUGAAGCAGCACUCACAGGACGUUUUCCGUCCAGAAUUCCACACAAUCAUUUUUCUUGUAAAAUAGUCGAAACAAUGUACCAUUAAAGAUACUCUUCAUCAGCAAAAGCGGUG